AUGCGGCUGCGACGGUUCCUGCUGCGGUAUCACCCACCAGGUGUCAUUCUUGAGUAUACAAAGGGCGGGGAGCAGCGGUCCAAGUGCAUUGACCUUCUGGACCUUGAUGAGACCACAAAUUUGGACGAAGUACUGGACGAAAUCACACAGCGGGAGGCCCUCAUCACGGAGCGACGCAAACCACAGCUCAAACAGCUGCUCACCCGGUUGCAACAGCAGCUAGGAGCAUUGGCAUCCCACAAGCAGCUUGCGCUGUCCAAGGUUGUGAUCAAGGCACAUGUCCUGCCGUUGACCAACAUUGCACUGAACAAAUCUGGCACAAGGUUAAUCACAGGCAGCUAUGACCGCACCUGCAAGGUGUGGAACACCUCAACUGGAGAGGAGCUGUUUAGCUUGGAAGGCCACAAGAAUGUUGUGUAUGCUGUAGCUUUUAACAACCCCUUUGGCGACCGCAUUGCCACCGGAUCCUUUGACAAAACAUGCCGCGUGUGGGAUGCGGAGACGGGCAAAUGUGUUGCGACACUGCGGGGCCACAAGACGGAGAUUGUGUGCCUGCGCUUUGAUUACCACAACACGCUCCUGGCCACUGGAAGCAUGGACCGCACAGCGCGCAUCUGGGACACGGCCUCAUACACAGAACUCGCCACAUUGCAGGGCCACACGGCAGAGAUUAUCUGCAUGCGUUUCACACAGGACAGCUCCAUCCUUGUCACAGGGUCGUUUGACCACACGGCGAUACUGUGGGACGCGCGGCGUGGGGAGCGAUUGCAUACACUCAUCGGACACCAGCGCGAGCUCUCUUCCCUCGGCGUCAACUUCGAGGGCACCGUUGUUGCCACCGGUGGCAUGGACAACACGUGUCGUCUGUGGGAUGCCCACUCCGGCGCUUGCAUCACCACCAUCACUGCGCACAGCGAUGGGGUGCUGGAUGUGGCGUUUGACUGCACGGGCCGCUUGCUGGCGACGGCGUGUGCUGAUGGCACCAUCAAGGUGUUUGCCACAGACACCUUUGACAUGCUCGUGUCCCUGCACGGUCACGAGGCAGACAUCGUGAAGAUUGCGUUCAGUCCGCUGGGAGACCGGCUCCUCUCGUCGAGUUCAGAUCGCACCGCCCGCAUCUGGGACGUGGCGACGGGGAGAUGCAUUCAGGUGCUGGAUGGGCAUACGGAAGAGUUGAUUUCGUGCAGCUUUAACUAUCACGGCAACAUGGUGAUCACAGCAAGCAAAGACAACACUGUGCGCAUCUGGAGAUAG